UUGAUGUGAAUGGAUGGUCCGAUGUGUAAGCGGUGGCGUGAUCCUCAGCCCAGGGACCCUGGUGACGCGGGGGUGGCGAGCUCACACACCUGUCCCAACAGGUAUAUAAAGCGGCUACAUGUGCCAGAAGCCACCGAGAGAGCUCAACGCCAGCGAGAACAGGACUCCUGAACCACAAUCUGACCAGCCACUCUCCGACAACAUGGGCAGUUUCUGGCCACGGUUACUGAUCCUCUUCUGCUCUGCAUCUUUCCUGGCCGGCUCGCACUUUGCAGGUGAACAACUGACCGACCUGCCCUUCGCCUUCGAGGAGGGAGAAUCUCUCCAGGACCCUGAGGUUGAGCCUACGGGAAGGAACCAAAACAAACCUGCACCUUUCCGCCGCUCCAACGCAGAUGCUUGGAGGUUGCCUGGCCAAUACAUAGUGGUGCUAAAAGAAAGCACUCACAAAUCCCAGAUAGAACGCACAAUACACAGGCUCUCUACCAAGGCAGCCAGGCAUGGCUACAUGUCUGAACUUGUUAUGGUCUUCCAUGAGGUCUUCAAGGGCUUUGUCAUCAAAAUGAGCAGCGACGUGCUGGACAUGGCCCUGAGGUUACCUCACCUUGAGUACAUUGAAGAAGACUCGUCCUUGUUUGCUCAGACCAUCCCAUGGAAUCUAAAUCGAAUUGUUCAUUCAGAGAACACAGCCGAACAGUAUUCCCCACCAAAUAACGGCGAACUGGCAGAAGUUUACUUGCUUGACACAAGUGUGCAGACCAACCACCGUGAGAUUGAAGGGAAAGUUUAUGUCACAGAAUUUGAAAGAGUCCCAGAAGAAGAUGGCGCUCGAUUCUACCGCCAGGCUAAUAAAUGCGACAGCCAUGGGACGCACACUGCGGGAGUGGUGAGCGGGCGCGACUCUGGCGUUGCCAAAGGAGCAAACAUGCGCACUGUGAGGAUUCUCAACUGUCAGGGCAGGGGGACAGUAAGCGGAGCACUGGCCGGUUUGGAGUUCAUCAGGAAAACUCUGAUUGUUCAGCCCUACAAACCUUUGAUCGUGCUGUUGCCUUUUGUUGGGGGGUUUAGCCAGACUCUGAACUCAGCCUGCAGACAGUUGGCAUGGACUGGCGUGGCGUUGAUUGCAGCUGCCGGGAACCAGAAGGACGAUGCCUGCUUGUACUCGCCCGCCUCGGAACCAGAGGUUAUCACUGUUGGUUCCACCAAUUAUAACAAUCAGCCAAGCACCACCGGAACUGUGGGAACUAAUUCUGGUCGUUGUGUCGACAUCUUUGCUCCUGGCGACGACAUUGUCAGCGCUUCCAGUGACUGCGUCACAUGCUUCACCUCGAAGAGCGGAACAUCGCAGUCAGCAGCUCAUGUGGCAGGCAUUGCAGCGAUGAUAAUGAAUGCUGAUCCCAACAUCACUGUAACUGAACUACGCCAGAGACUAAUUCAUGACUCCACAAAGAAAGCAAUCAAUGAUGUCUGGUUUCCAGAGGAACAGCGACUGGUAACUCCCAACAGGAUUGCAAGAUUGACUUUGCCUGUGCUAAUGGAUAACCAGCUGUUAUGCCGGACUGUGUGGUCAAAGAGGUCAGGGCUUGCACGCUCAGCCAAGGCUACAGCGCACUGUAACAAGGAUGAGGAAAUGUUCAGUUGUUCAAGUUUCUCGAAGAACGGAAAGAGAAGAGGUGAACAUAUAGAGGAAGAGCAAGCUGCAAAGAAAUGUAUAGCUCACAAUGCCUUCGGCAGUGAUGGGGUUUACGCCAUUGCCAGGUGCUGUUCUUGGCCCAGAGCUGAAUGUCUCAUCAAUGCAAGUUCAGUAGCUGAUGAUGGCACCACACAAGUGGCAGGCUGUCCACACAAGGAUUACGUCCUCACUGGCUGCAGCUCGCAUUCCUUUACAAAGUUUGGUGAUACCACCAAGCCCCAAGCAAACAAAUGUCUUGGACAAAAGGAGACAACCUCACAUGCCACCUGUUGUCAAGCUGCAAGUCUCGAGUGCAAGGUGAAGGAACAACGUCGCACUGGGCAAAUGGAAAAGGUGUUGGCGUCGUGUGAUGAAGGCUGGACCUUGACUGGGUGCAGUGCCUAUUCCCAUGGGUCCCACACUCACGGGGCAUAUCCCGUGGACAACACAUGCGUGGUAAUGUCCUCUGGAAAGGGGAAAGGUGCUGCAGCCAUUGCCAUUUGCUGCCGGAGAAGAGAACUGAAGUCUGACCCAAACCUUGGCCCGGAGUAAAAUAUGCCCAUUGGUUUUAUCCCCCACCCCCUCACCAACUUUGUAUACUUGAACAAAACACGAUGGGCUGGAAGAACACGGGAAGGGGUCAAGUAAUAUCUGUGGAGGGAAUGGAAAGUUGAUGUAUCGGGUCAAGAAUUAUCAGAAUUAUCUGCUCAUUCCCUCCACAGAUCAUACUUAAGUUGAGUUUCUCCACAACUAUAUUUUGUUAAAAUGACCAGCAUCUGCAGUUCAUGUCUCAACUUUAUAUAUUCCCUUCUUUUCUGCAGGUAGGCAAUGUUGCUGUGGUAUUUUCUAGGGGAAAGGAUAGGUCGCAUUUAACCAGCUCAAAGCCACGAUUGAUAGUAACAGGGCAACUAUUGGUGAACUGCAUUCUCUGACAGCUGAGCUCAAUCACAUCCUCCUGAAAUCAAUCUUUGGUUAACAGCAAAUAGAAAGAAAUGGGCCAAAUUCCCCAGCCCUUCUGAACCCAAAGCUCAGGUAUUGUCAAAUGUCUGGAGCUAAUUUGAUUUACUUUUUCUUUUCCUGGGUGGUUGCUUUUUCGUUUAUAGCUUUACAUAGGUAACGUCAAGCUUAGUUUAGUUUAGAGAUACAGUGUAGAAACAGGCCAUUUGGCUCACUCCGAGUCCGCACCAACCAAUGAUCACCCGUACAUUAGUUCUAUCCUACACUCACUUGUAAAUAGUUAUACAAGAGCACGUCAGUAAUAACACAACCAUUGGUAGCGGCUGAGCACAGUAAUGAAUAGGUUUGUUCAUUCUUCAGCACAAGUAAAAUAAUACCCAGUUACUCACUGAAUAAAUACAGAUGGGAUGACAGAAAUUCACUGUGGUGCCUGAUCUCUCUCGAACAAACAUGUUGAACAUGGCUACACAUACAAUAUUUUGAUUUGCCAUUUUCCCAUUUUCCCAAUUCGCAGCCAAGUUUACUUAACAUAAUUGGUUUGCAGCCAGGAGUACAAAAAAACCCAGCACAUAAUGUCGGACCAUAGUUUUUCCAAUACUGGACAAUUCUUAUAUUGGAUGAUUCCGGGAGAGACAGUUAAAAUAAGGAAACUAUUCCUUCAAUAUAUUGUGCCUGCUUUGUUGAAAAUUAUUCCAGUAAAAUAACAAACCCUAAACAUUUUAUAUUGAACCAAAAUGAAAUAUUUAGUUUAAAUUAAAACUUAAUCAUAGCUUGAACUUGUUAGUAGUUUGAAUUAAUUUUUUGUUCUUAAUCGGAACAUGAGAGGAAUAUAUGGGGUAGAUGCACAGAAUCUCUUGUCCAGAGUAGGGGAAUCGAGGACCAGAGGACAGCGAUUCAAGGCAAAAAGAUUUAAUAGGAAUCUGAGGGGGUCAUCUUUUCACUCAAAGGAUGAUGGGUGUAUGGAACAAGCUGCCAGAGGAGGUAGUUGAGGCUGCGACUAUCCCAAUGUUUACGAAACAGUUAGAAGUUCUGCUGUAACUCAGCGGGUGAGGCAGCAUCUCUGGAGAAAAAGGAGACACUCCUUCAGAAACACCUGACAAGACAAGUCCAGUCUAGACCCAAAACGUCACCUAUCCCUUUUUUCCAGAGAUGCUGCCUGAUCUGCUGAGUUACUCCAGCACUUUGUAUCUAUCUUAGGUAUAAACCAGCAUCUGCUGUUCUUUGUUUCUAUAUUCUGCCCUUUAAUACAUUAAGCUUUUGGAAUUGCUUGAGACCAAGGGAGGGAGCAGUGAACCAGAGUCAUGUGUACACAAUCACAUCUUUAAAUAUACAGGUAGUAAGAACUGGACGCUGGUGCGUAUGGAACAGGAAGGCCCAGGUUUGGAUGUGUAAUUAUUUCACAAUAUCACUAGAAAUUGAUUUAAUAGAGCGCUUUGAGCUCAACCCAAUUAGAAUCAUAUGACAUUGUUUCUCCUGUUAUAGAGUGAUACAAGAUGGAGAGAUAGUUCCUACAUCCCAACUCAUACAUCUGUUGUCUGGUUCUUAAUUUCCCCCAAAUCAGGAAAAUGAUUGUGUGCAUUAAUCCUACAUAUGCCUCAUCUCAUUUUACCAUGCCUAUAAGAUCAUAUACUAAUCAAGACUCUUAAUUAGUACAGGUGUCAGAGGUUAUGGCAGGAGAAUGGGGUUCGGAGGGAGAUCAGCCAUGACUGAAUGGCGGAGUAGGCUUGAUGGGCCGAAUGGCCUAAUUUUACUCCUAUUCCUUAUGAACUUAUACCCAGUCUUCUAUCCUAGCCAGCCCAACCUUUCUCUGUAACUCAGUCCCUCAAAUUCUACCAACAUCUUUUCUGUAAUAUUUCCAGCUGAAGGGCAUAUUUUCUAUAGCAGAGUGACCAAAACUAAACCCAAUAGUCCCUAAUGCAGCCUCACCAUCAUCUUAUACAACUGCAACAUAACAUCCCAAAUUCUAUACUCAAGUGUCCUGAAUGAUGAAAACCAGUAUGCCAAAAGCCUCCUUCACCAUCUAUGCUAAAAAAAAAAAAAAGUUACAUUGAGGAGACACAAGUUUACCAUAUCUUAGGUAACUUGUC